AUGGCAAGUGUUUUGAUGGAGAUGAUUUGUGGAACCCCGAUACCGGCCGAACACCCCGUGGACGUCGCUCCGUUUGAAGGGACACUCACUCAUGAAGAGGACUCCGGCAAGCCUGCGUCCGCAGCUUCGAGUUUCCCAAACCCGCGUCGUGGUGGACGUCUCGGUCAACGUCGCGGUCGUGUGCAGACCAACAGCGGGGAGCCUUUGCGACAAGAUUUGGUACACUCCGUGAAAUCAUUAUGGAAGUGGAUGGCAUGGACAGAUGGGCGAACGAUACCAAGCUUUCGCACCGAAAGCCACAUUUUCCUUCCGUGA